UUCCAGACGCGCAGCUCUCCUCCUGCUCUCUGCACAACACUUCCCUCUCCAGACACCAUGAGUAAGUCCGGCACGCUGAAAGUCAAGGGCUUGUUUAAAAUCAAAUCCCUUGAUAAGGAGAACAAGGAGCAGAGACAGUCGGGGAGCCUGAAAGAUGCGAGCAGCAGCAGAGGAGCGGGGAGUCCUCCGGGGAGCUCCCUGCCGCUCAGCCCGGGAGACAACGCCGCUCUCCCCGCGGAGCUCCUACCCGCUUCCCCGAAAGAAAAAAAGCCAAAGCGGCUCAAACUGUUCAAACUAAAACGGAAGAAAUCCAAGAAAGGAGAAGGAGGAGGAGAGGUGUUCUUCCCUGAUGAACUGGACAGCUUCAGCAGCAACAUGAGCUACGACCAGAUGAGUGUGACCACGGAAUGCAGUUUCCAGACUCAGCCGGACUGGGACCUUCCCUCUGAGUCCACCUCCAUGAUCAGCUUCGACAUGACUCAACCACGCAGUCCGACGUCUCCCUCCAAAUUGUUCAAGAGCUUGGAGGAAAAGAAGGGAGUGUUCGAUCGUAUCUCCAACUUCUUCAGGUCUGGUAGAAAGAAGAGCAGUAGUAGUAGGCAGUUUUCAGACUCCUCUGCAAGUUCCCCAGCAUCCCCUUUGUCUCCACGUUCAUCCCAGUCUCAUGAGGAAGAUGGGCUAAAGACUCCGACUCCUUCUCGAAAAGACAGCGAGCUGACAGGGUGUCAGGGUGCAGCGGCAGGGUCCAGACUAAGAGCAGAGCAUGGGGACAGACUCAGCCACAGCUCCAGUCCCAGCGGCUCAAGCAUGGCCUCUGUGGUGACUAAAGAAGCAGAGCUGCCAUUUGCGGACAGCGACAGCAGCGGCAGAAGCAGCGUGAGGGAGGUGCACAUGUGCAGGAUCAGCACAGGCAGCAGCGACAGGAAUUCUGGGAACGUUGCUGCCGCUGCCCUCGAUCUUCCUUCUACCACUGAGCAAGAUGCUGAUUCACACUCAGAGCUCGGCUUCGCGGAAUCCGUGGUGGAGGAAGUCAGCAAAAGGCUGCAGGUUCAUUUGGAAGAAAGCAUUGGGAAGAAAACUGAGAGUACCAGUGAGGAUGAUAUGGUCACCCCCACCACCCUGUCAUCCCUUCAGAUCCCUGUUUCCAAAAUAGCCGAGGCACCCAAAUCUCCUAACUUAACCUCCAUUAGCUUAGCAUCCAAAACAACCGUGGUGAAAAUUGGCGGGAAUGGGCACAGCACUGCACUAACAGGGAUAACUUUAGGCUCUCACUCAUCCACCUCACACAUCAUCACAACUCAACAGCUGGAAAAGUCUCCAGAUGCAGAGAGGGAAAGCACAAGAGCCAGAACUAGUGCUCAGAAAUCCACCCUCUCUGGGGAAACUGCAGUUACUGUAAGGAGCCCCUCACCUGUGAGAGAGCCAGCACCCAGAAGUGAUUCUCCCAUCCAACUCCACAAAGCCAUAUGGGUGGAAACACACCUGGGAGAGGAGGAGGAGGGGGAGAGGGAGGGGGAGAAGGAAAAGGAUAUAAUGAACCAAGGGGAGGAGGACCUGAGAGCAGACUCCCCUCCCGUGCUGGCUAUACCUGUCACAGUGAUUCCUGAGGACGAUUCAGAGAGUCCGACCACUGCAGACGGUCCUGCUGGCCCCUCACAGAUUUUACCAACCAGUGGCAUCUCGCCAGAAGCAGCCACCUCCUUGGCACCGACUACAAGGGAGUUUCAAACAACCUCGCCACAGUCAGCGGAGCCUGACACUGGCACAGACUCAAAGCCAAGUUCACUUGAGGAGAAACACAGACCGAGAGAAAUCCGUGUUACGCGCAAGACUGUGAAUCUGCCUUCCAAACACAAGGUUUUUGCCCAGAAGGUGUACAUUAGCUCGGAGCCAAGUGUGGAAGAAGACGACCUAGUACAAGAGGAGGGCAGCGGAGAUUCCACUUCAAAGAUCCUAAACACCACAGACACAAAACCACUGCCCAGCCUCCAAAACAACAACAAUGCAGAAUUCAAGGAUGUCAACCUUAAACCAUCCACAACAACAGAUGAGACUACACACUCUGGCACAAACACUCCUGAACCCGUAGUCAAAGAAAAAACUGAUUCUGAGGCCUCUGACUUUGAUGAGACCUCUGCAGCUUCAGACAUGUACAAAACAAAGUCACAAGCUGUGGAAUCUGGAGUUAGGGGCCAAGGAACCAGCAAGACUAUCCUGUCUAAACGAGGGGUUAAAGGAGCCACAGAAAGUCGGCAUACCACUGGAAGUGAAACAAAGACACCAUCCUAUGUAGCCGGAGGGAAGGCCAAGAAUGUCAUCACAAAAGCAAAGGGCACCACAGAGGGCACAAAAGUGGAAAUUUCCAGUGAUAUUCCAUCACAAAGGGAACGUAGCAAUGAAAAAGCAGUUUCUAUGUUACCAACAUUAAAAGACCAAAGCACCAGCAGUCCCACCAGUGUAGCAGGUUCAAAGUCUAAAAUCCCCAAAAGGUCAACAUCAGAUGCAGAAGUGAAAUCACCAGUGACUCCAGAUAAAACAUCACUUCCUGACGCCUCAGGGUCGACAUUCACUUCCAAACUGCAAAAACAACCUCGAGCCAAAGAAUCUUUGAAAUCUCCAACCACCACAACCAAAGCUAUCAGGAAACCAAGCUUUGAGGACGUUAAAGGAGGAAAAUCUCUGUCUGGAAACAUUUCUCCCUCAAAAACUACCUACAAGACGGAAACAAAGCUUAAUAAGGAUAAGGCAGAAAAGGACUCUCAGUCUUUCGAGUCUGUAAGCCUAGUAAAUGGUGUGGAGAAUGAGAAUGAGGAAAGACGGGUUAAAACAGCACACAGGGAAAGCCUCGACAUCAAAAAACAGCAGCAGAACCAUCUGGAGAAUAACACUCCUUUGGCAUCAAAGAGCUCCUUGCCCAUUUCAUCUCCAGCAAGAAAGAAGAACGAUGAUAUGACUCAAACAAGUGGCACCGCCUUUAGAAAAGUUUCAUCUGGUCACACAGACUCAGACAGACCCAAAACAGUCCAGAAGCAGAGUCCAGAGCAGCAAGAAAUAACUCCUGAUGAGAGAUCUGGUAGUGAGACACCACCUCCACUCCCCGAAAGCCCCAAGAAGGGAUCCCUGCCAUCAACGAAAGGAUCAAGACACCCUCCUAAAAGAAGCACAAGCCGUGAUGACAGUGACAGUCCGACCUCUUGUGUCUCUCCACCUCCUGCCAAGCAAGAGAAAACUGUCUCAUCAAAGCUUUCCAAACAGAAUGAUCCUGUCAAACAGCACCUCAAAAGUCCUGUAAAGCAUUCAGCCGACACCUCAGGAUCUGUGAGCAAACUUCCUACAAGAGGUCAGAGAAGCUUCAACAGAAGAAAACCCAGAGAACCUCAAAACUGCAAAGAUGAAAAUUCUGAGGACUUAAGUCAAAACACAUCGACAAGGUUGACUGUCAAAGCAUCUGAGAAAGUGGCAGCAGAUCAGGUGAAAGACAGUGACAGCUUUGAAUUCAAGUCUGUGUCUGCAGAGAAAGAAGAGCACAUUAUAAAACUCAUAGAUAAACAGACCAAUACUGGAAAAAUCAAGCUGAAAGAAAAUGAGACAAAGGAAUUAUCGGAGGUCAUCACAAAUUUUACAACUGAGGAGAUUUCAAAAAUCCAGCCUUCACUGAAGACUGAUGCAAUUAUUACAGAAAUCACUCAGGUAAACGCUGCUACAGGUACAGGCCCAGGAACUGGAGUAUCACCCAGCAGUGAGGUUGACAAAGCAAUUCCAUCUCAGUCACAAGCUACUGAUAUAAAAAAAGCUGAGACUGAUGGAAUACAGCAUGACAUCAAAAAAACUGAAGUUGAGAUUCUACCUGAAAAUGUGCCUCAUGUUCAAAGUGACAAAACUGUACAAGGACAGAAAACUGUGAUAUCAGCAAAAACUUCUCCAGAAGGAAAGGACAAAGAGAUUUUAGAGAUGACCAAGCCCACAAGUAACAUGAAACUGGAUUUAGUAGAGGAGAAAGACACAAAUUCUCCAGCAGUGGCUCAGGACACAAUACCUGCUCAUGAGGCUGUAACUGAUAUGUCAGCCAAACCUGUUGUGGGUGACAGCGUUCACUGUGACACAAUGACCCAGUCUGAGCAGGAGGGUGCUGUGCCUGCAAGUAUUUCCCUUACAGAAGUAACUACAGUCACCUCUCAGGAAAAAGAAGAAGAGAUUACCAGAAACAGCCUUCCUGCUGAAUUGGCCUCAAAAGACCAAGCUCCUGAACUGAAAGAUUUACACUCAGACACUCUCACUGCUGUCUCAGUGCAUGCUAACCAGGUCAACACCGAGCAGCAAAAGGAGUUACUGAAAGAUCAAACCACAAAAGAAAAAGACGGAUUGUCCCCUACAUUAAGCACAGAUUUGGUAAAAGACUUGGACGUAGAGGAGAAAAAAAGUAAAAACGAGGUUGGCAGGAAACCAGAAGAGGCUUUGGACAUUCAAACAGAGACUGUGACUGUUUGUGAAUUGCACAAGAAUGUUGAAAAUCGGUCAGACAAAGAGGCUCUUUUACUGGAUCCACAAUCUGAAAGAAAGGAGAAAGAUUCAAAACCAAAUGAAAAGCUUGGUGAUGCAGCAGUGGAAACCAGUGACUCACAGAACAGUUGCAAAGUGGAGCUCAAGGGCAAAACCGUCGAGGGUGAAGCAGAGAAAGGCACUACAAAUUCAGAGAGGCCAUCUCAGCUAUCAUCACAGGAGAAACAUUUACAGCCUGAGACCAAGGAAGAACCACAGACAGUAGUUACAAAUGCCCUGGAAAAGACGAGUAGAAAGGCAGAGCAAGCAAGCAGUGCACUUCCAAAAACUACAGUUAGGGUGGUUGAUACAAAUCAGCAAGGUGAGAUCCUUUUGAAAGAAAAUGCAGAGAGUGGUCUUAAGAAAAAACAGGGAGCAAAGCAGCAGAUGAAGGGAUCAGUAGUAACAGAAAAACAGGUAUCUAAACCACUUCUAGCCAAACAGGAGGAGGUCAGGGAUGGCAACACACAUGUGGAUAACAAACAUACUGAUGAUGUACAGGAAAAACUAACUCCAGAAAUAAUAACCUUAAACACAAAAAUGUUGGAUGUCAAAGGUGAUAAAGAAAAGAAGAGUUUAACGAAUGAGAUUUCAAAUGAGGCUGCUGAAUCUGAAGUCAGCAACCAAGAAAACAAGAAGACCUUAACUGCUAGACCCCAGAAUCCUGAGACACUGAAAGGCCCAGAGAAGAAAACAGGAAGCCAUAUUUUACAAACAGAUACAACUCAAGACCUAAAAGCUGAAAGCACUGACGUUUUGAGUGGUGAAAGUACAAAAGAAGACACUGAAACAGAGGAUUUAUCACUUAAGAGCUUAGUGACUGAGAUUGAAAUUGUGACCACUAAUAGUGAAGUUGGCAUCCACAAAGACCAGAAGACCAUACGUAAUGAAGACCAAGAUGAGGACAUAACAAAACCACACAAACACUCAAAAGAUAAAUUAAAAGAGGAACCACAGACAAUAACAACUAAAGAUCAGGAGAAGACAACAGAGAAACCCAAAAUGGAUCCAGUUCUAGAGCAGACCUCUGGAAGUACUGCUACUGAAAGUAGCAACCAAAAAGCUGAAUUUAGUAUUUCAUCAGAAGACAGUUUGGUGAACGAGACACAAACUGCAAAUGCCAAAAGUGUAGUAAGCAACCAACAGGUCCAGGUGUCCCAAACUGUCACCUACCAAGAUGGAAACAUUACAAAACCAGAGAAAAGCAAAUCAACAGACUCCAAAUGUUCAAAGUCUGGCCUUAAUCAGGAGCCAGAGACAGCACGAAUAGAAGCUUCAGAGGAGGCAACAACAAGCCAAACUCAAGAACUUGAAGUCAAAAGCUCCAGAACUAAUGGUGCUGAGGAAGAUAAAGAAAAAACUGAAGUCAAGGUUACAUCAAUGCAGAGCUUGGUGGAUGAGAACACUCAAUCUGAAAUUAGCACCCAAAAAGAUCAAAAGACUUCAGCUGUUAAAGAAGAACUGGUGGUGAUUAAGGAACCAGGAAAAACUACUGAUCAGUCCACAGAUAGCAAAGAUCCUGAUGCUAAUCAGAAGACGCCAAUUGUCAAAGAAGAACUGGUGGUGAUUAAGGAACCAGGAAAAACCACUGAUCAGUCCACAGAUAGCAAAGAUUCUGAUGCUAAACAGAAGACCUCAAUUGUGAAAGAAGAACUGGUGGUGAUUAAGGAACCAGGAAAAAGCGCUGAUCAGUCCACAGAUCGCAAAGAUCCUGAUGCUAAUCAGAAGACAUCAAUUGUGAAAGAAGAACUGGUAGUGACUAAGGAACCAGGAAAAACCACUGAUCAGUCCACAGAUCGCAAAGAUCCUGAUACUAACCAGAAGACGUCAAUUGUGAAAGAAGAACUGGUGGUUGUUAAGGAACCAGGAAAAACCACUGAUCAGUCCACAGAUAGAAAAGAUCCUGAUGCUAACCAGAAAACGUCAAUUGUGAAAGAAGAACUGGUGGUGGUUAAGGAACCAGGAAAAAGCACUGAUCAGUCCACAGAUAGCAAAGAUCCUGAUGCUAAUCAGAAGACAUCAAUUGUGAAAGAAGAACUGGUAGUGAUUAAGGAACCAGGAAAAAGCGCUGAUCAGUCCACAGAUAGCAAAGAUCCUGAUGCUAAUCAGAAGACAUCAAUUGUGAAAGAAGAACUGGUGGUGAUUAAGGAGACAGGGAAAACCACUGAUCAGUCCACAGAUUGCAAAGAUCCUGAUGCUAACCAGAAGACAUCAAUUGUGAAAGUUGUGAAAGAAGAACUGGUGGUGGUUAAGGAACCAGGAAAUACCACUGAUCAGUCAACAGAUAGCAAAGAUCCUGAUGCUAACCAGAAGACCUCAAUUGUGAAAGAAGAACUGGUGGUGAUUAAGGAACCAGGAAAAAGCGCUGAUCAGUCCACAGAUAGCAAAGAUCCUGAUGCUAAUCAGAAGACAUCAAUUGUGAAAGAAGAACUGGUAGUGAUUAAGGAACCAGGAAAAACCACUGAUCAGUCCACAGAUAGCAAAGAUCCUGACGCUAAUCAGAAGACGCCAAUUGUGAAAGAAGAACUGGUAGUGAUUAAGGAACCAGGAAAAAGCACUGAUCAGUCCACAGAUAGCAAAGAUCCUGACGCUAAUCAGAAGACAUCAAUUGUGAAAGAAGAACUGGUAGUGAUUAAGGAACCAGGAAAAAGCACUGAUCAGUCCACAGAUAGCAAAGAUCCUGAUGCUAAUCAGAAGACGCCAAUUGUGAAAGAAGAACUGGUAGUGAUUAAGGAACCAGGAAAAAGCACUGAUCAGUCCACAGAUAGCAAAGAUCCUGAUGCUAAUCAGAAGACGCCAAUUGUGAAAGAAGAACUGGUAGUGAUUAAUGAACCAGGAAAAAGCACUGAUCAGUCCACAGAUAGCAAAGAUCGUGAUGCUAACCAGAAGACGUCAAUUGUGAAAGAAGAACUGGUGGUGAUUAAGGAACCAGGAAAAAGCACUGAUCAGUCCACAGAUAGCAAAUAUCCUGAUGCUAAUCAGAAGACAUCAAUUGUGAAAGAAGAACUGGUAGUGACUAAGGAACCAGGACAAACCACUGAUCAGUCCACAGAUAGCAAAGAUCGUGAUGCUAACCAGAAGACGUCAAUUGUGAAAGAAGAACUGGUAGUGAUUAAUGAACCAGGAAAAAGCACUGAUCAGUCCACAGAUAGCAAAGAUCAUGAUGCUAAUCAGAAGACAUCAAUUGUGAAAGAAGAACUGGUAGUGAUUAAGGAACCAGGACAAAGCACUGAUCAGUCCACAGAUAGCAAAGAUCCUGAUGCUAACCAGAAGACAUCAAUUGUGAAAGAACUGGUAGUGAUUAAGGAACCAGGAAAAACCACUGAUCAGUUCACAGAUAGCAAAGAUCCUGAUGCUAAUCAGAAGACAUCAAUUGUGAAAGAAAAACUGGUAGUGAUUAAGGAACCAGGAAAAACCACUGAUCAGUCCACAGAUAGCAAAGAUCCUGAUGCUAACCAGAAGACAUCAAUUGUGACAGAAGAAUUGGUGGUGGUUAAGGAACCAGGAAAAACCACUGAUCAGUCCACAGAUCGCAAAGAUCCUGAUACUAACCAGAAGACAUCAAUUGUGAAAGAAGAACUGGUGGUGAUCAAGGAACCAGGAAAAAGCACUGAUCAGUCCACAGAUAGCAAAUAUCCUGGUGCUAAUCAGAAGACAUCAAUUGUGAAAGAAGAACUGGUAGUGACUAAGGAACCAGGACAAACCACUGAUCAGUCCACAGAUAGCAAAGAUCGUGAUGCUAAUCAGAAGACAUCAAUUGUGAAAGAAGAACUGGUAGUGAUUAAGGAACCAGGAAAAAGCACUGAUCAGUCCACAGAUAGCAAAGAUCCUGAUGCUAACCAGAAGACAUCAAUUGUGAAAGAACUGGUAGUGAUUAAGGAACCAGGAAAAAGCACUGAUCAGUCCACAGAUAGCAAAGAUCCUGAUGCUAAUCAGAAGACAUCAAUUGUGAAAGAAAAACUGGUAGUGAUCAAGGAACCAGGAAAAACCACUGAUCAGUCCACAGAUAGCAAAGAUCCUGAUGCUAACCAGAAGACAUCAAUUGUGACAGAAGAAUUGGUGGUGGUUAAGGAACCAGGAAAAACCACUGAUCAGUCCACAGAUAGCAAAGAUCCUGAUGCUAAUCAGAAGACGUCAAUUGUGAAAGAAGAACUGGUGGUGAUUAAGGAGACAGGGAAAACCACUGAUCAGUCCACAGAUUGCAAAGAUCCUGAUGCUAACCAGAAGACAUCAAUUGUGAAAGUUGUGAAAGAAGAACUGGUGGUGGUUAAGGAACCAGGAAAUACCACUGAUCAGUCAACAGAUAGCAAAGAUCCUGAUGCUAACCAGAAGACCUCAAUUGUGAAAGAAGAACUGGUGGUGAUUAAGGAACCAGGACAAACCACUGAUCAGUCAACAGAUAGCAAAGAUCCUGAUGCUAACCAGAAGACGUCAAUUGUGAAAGAAGAACUGGUGGUGAUGAAGGAACCAGGAAAAACACUGAUCAGUCCAAAGAUCCUGAGGCUAACCAAGAACAAAAACAAACACUGUAGCAACAAAAGUUCCAGAAAAUACAGACAAAGAGGCAAAAAAUGCAGAAAAAGUAAGUGUGUCCACAGCUGAAAGAGCAGCUAGUAAGCUUGAUGUGACACUGGAUCAGAGAAACCGCAUUAAAGAGGUUGUUGAAGUGGAAAAUAAAAUACAGAAGGAAGUGGAUCAGCACCCAAAGGCCAAGCAAGAGUCAGAACUCAUUUUGGUAAAAGAUGUGUCGAGCAGAAAAGGUAGUGCAGACCAAAAACAAAAGCCCACUAUUGUUUUAAAUGAAAUACCCAUUAGUGCUCAGGAUAAUGAUGAAGACAACAAAGAAAAAACAAAGACAGAUGAGUCAUCAGCAGUGACUUUGGCUACAGGCAACACUUUGAAACAGAGACUGCAGACUUCAAGAGAAGGACAAAAGCCUCCAAAGCCAACCCUUGAUGACAGUUUGUCACUUUCUGCUUCUGAGAAAUCAUCAGCUCCACCUCAAAGUCUCCAGCUAAAGACAGAAUCUCCAUCAAGCUGGUUAGAUGUAGAACAUCGCCCUAAACGCAAGAAGGAACACAGGAGAAAAAUGUAUCCGUCAGCAAGUGAGGAUAACACUUUGGAGCUUGAUGACCUUAAUGAUUUUAUCAGAAGCAUUAAGGAGGGUGGAAUUCCUUUCUCCCAUCCUCCAAAAAGGCGCAUUCGUAGAAAGUCCCCAUCUCCACCUUUUGCCAUGCCAGCCAUCAAGGAGGACCAUUUUGAGAAAACAUUUGAUCCUGAGAAAUUCCAGUUCGGCUUAGGGAAAAAUGACAAAAGUUCCAUGGAUCUUUCACCGGCUAUGGUGCUUAAACAAAAAGCAGCCAAUAGGGAAGGUCGGAGCCAAGACAAACGAUCACAGGACAACUUGACUACAACAAGACACCAAAUGACGACCCUUGAUGAGGUAGAAGGAAAAAAUGGAGUCAAAGAGGGGACAAACGCUGUAGCAGGAAAAGAAGAGGGACAGAACAAUGGAGAAGAACCUGGGAAGCUGACGUCAAGACUUGAAAGAAUGUCCAUCCUCUCCAGCUUGAUCAAUUCCCCUCGUGCCCGCAGAAAGACUUCAGAGGAAACUAACAUCGCCUCAAAUAGCAAACAUUCAUCCGACCAGCAGCAGAACCUGCCUACACUUGGGAAGCUGGGAGUUACUAACUCACCUCUGCCUGACAUUAAAGCUGAUAAUGGAGAUGUGAAAGAUAUAGAUCAAGGUUCAUUUACAGGCGGUGGUAUAGGUACAGUUAGUGAGUCAGCACUUAGCCCCUCCUCUGCUCCUCCUCCACCGUUGUUCUCAGAGAUAAAGCUGCCUGAUCACUUAGAGAAAUACCUCAAGAAGAACAACAGGGAGUCAGAGACCUCCCAGGUCUCCACACAGAUGACUGAAACUGACCUGACUUCAAAGAAACGUACAGCUAUGGACCAGGCCUCAAUAGCAGAUGGACCUAAUGUGGACAACAGCCUGAAGGGGCCUGCAGGGCUGCCUUCAGUCACCAACUACAGUCAGAAGAUCUCUCGAAAUGGACUUUCUACUAAAACAAAGAUACCUGCAGAAAGAGGGUUCCACAAAAGGCCUGGGAAGAUCGUCAUUCAUGAACACGUCCAGUUUGGAGGGGAGGCAUUUCAGCUCUACCGUGAUGUAGAAGACGCCACCGCAAUGAAGCUGUCUCCUGUCAUCUCAGUCAGAGUCGUCAGAGGAUGCUGGCUCCUCUAUGAAAAACCUGGCUUCCAGGGUCGAAUCAUUGCCCUUGAGGAAGGUCCUACAGACCAGAUAGUGAAUAUGUGGGCAGAGGAGGGAAGUCCAGAGACACUAGACCAGAUGGGGCAGCCUGUUCCAACUGCACCUAUGGUAAUAGGUUCUGUUCGACUGGCAGUAAGGGACUAUAGCAUGCCCAGAAUUGACCUUUUUCAGGAGGUAAACGGUUUGGGGAGGGUGUCAUCUUACUGUGAUGAUGCUGUAGAGAUUAGCCCCUAUGGGAUCCCACAGACCACUGGCUCCAUCAAGGUCCAUUCAGGAGUCUGGCUGGUGUACACUGAUCCAGGGUUUAAUGGAUUCAUAGGAGUGCUGGAGGUGGGGGAGUAUCCCUGCCCAGAGACCUGGGGUUUCCCUGAGCCUUUCGUUGGAUCUCUCAGACCGCUGCGAAUGGGAGCAAUAAGGGUGGAGCAUCCUAAUGAAGUCAAGGCAUUAGUGUUUGAGAAGCCCAACUUUGAUGGAGAGUGUAUGGAGGUGGACAGUGAUGUCUACAACCUGCAAGAAGAGGAAGAAAAAGAAGAAGCAGACAAAGCUGAUGUGAACAAGAAGGGAUUGUCUGCAGUGGGAUCGAUAAAGAUACUGGGUGGUCUCUGGGUUGGCUAUCAGGAGGCAGACUUUGAGGGGCAGCAGUAUGUCCUGGAGGAGGGGGAGUAUCCUCACUGCAGUGACUGGGGAGGAUCUGAGGAUGGACUCCAGUCUCUCCGGCCUGUUGUCACAGAUUUCCUGUCCCCCCAUCUGAAACUGUUCAGUGAGCCGAACUUUAAUGAGAUCGGACUGAAGGUGGACCUGCUGGACCCCGUCGUCAGCAUGGACGACAUCGGCCACGGCGCCAAAACCCAGUCUGUCAGCGUCACCAGCGGAGUGUGGGUGGCGUUUGAAAAGCCAGGAUUCAGUGGAGAGCUCUAUGUCCUGGAGAAAGGCUUGUACGCACACCCAGAGGACUGGGGGGCACAGCACUUCAAAAUCUCAUCCAUACAGCCCGUCUUCCACGACAUGCUGCUGGGAACGACUAAAUUCAAGGUCCAGCUGUACUCUGAGCCAGACUUCCAGGGCCGGCUGGUGGCUCUGGAGGACAGCGCAGCAGCUCUGGAUGAGGACUUCACACCCAGGUCCUGUAAGGUGCUGGCUGGCAGCUGGGUGGCGUACGAGGGAGCCCGGUUCACAGAAAACAUGUAUGUCCUGGAGGAGGGAGAAUACCCCAACACAGAGGCCAUGGGCUUCCUGUCAUCAGACUCUCACAUUCGAUCUGUUCAGACUGCAGGGCAUGAGUUUUCUCUGCCCUCCAUCAUCCUGUUCACUAAAGUGAGCUGCAGAGGUCGCAGGAUGGUGCUGACAAACGGAGCCGUAAACCUGCUGCAGGCGGGCGGCGACGCACAAACACGCUCCCUGGUGGUGGAAGGAGGAAUGUGGGUGUUGUAUGAAGGCAGUAACUACAGAGGUCGGCAGCUGCUCCUCCAGCCUUGUCAAGUGGGUGAUUUGUGUCAGUAUAGCGGCUGGCAGCGAAUAGGAUCCCUCCGUCCAUUACUCCAGAAACAAAUGCACUUCCGCCUGCGGAACAGGGAGACCGGAUGUGUGAUGUCUCUGACAGGAACGCUGGAGGACGUGAAGCUGAUGAGGGUUCAGGCUGUGGAGGAGACGGGAGGUCUAGAGCAGGUCUGGCUCUAUCGGGAGGGACAACUCAGCUGCAAGCUGGUGGAGGACUGUUGCCUGGAGACAGCAGGCAGCAUGGUGAUGGCGGGCUGCCGGCUUUGUGUUUCUCCUGAGCGAGGCAAAGACACGCAGCUGUGGAACAUCACCCCGGAUGGCCUGGUUCACUCCCACCUCAAACCUGAACUGGUCCUGGAGGUCAAAGGUGGUCAUCAGUAUGACAAGAACCAGGUGAUCCUCAACACAUGUGAUGAAAGAAAACUGACCCAGAGGUGGAACUUAGAGCUCCUGUGAUGAGCUUCAGCCCAUCAGAAGCUCCACUGAGGCCCUCACAGCUCCCUGCUGCAGCUCUGUCAGGAGACUGGGCCCUGUGGUGCAGCUCCACCGUGGAGCCCACAGCACAGAGAGGUCCCUGUAGUGGGCUUUGCACUGGUUUGAAGUAGUUUUACUCUUGUUCAGGAGGGUUGCCACAGACUGGAUUACAUCAUAGCCAAUAAAAUAACUGAACAUGCACUUAGACAGCAUUUGAUGAAAUAGUGUUUUCAGAACAAAUGAAUAAUGUAAAAUGUUUUGCUUUUUUAGCCGUUUAGAUUGCAAACCCUGCAUACCAAAGACUCCAUGCCCUUCACGUUUUCACUGCUUGUCGUGAGAACUCGGCCCUGUCUCAAUGCUGCAAAUCUUUCUUCAACCUCAUGGUACUUUCAUGGUUUCCCAGUCAGUUUUCUGCUCAUCAUGUUGGCGAAUAUGAAUGUAAACUCUACACUGACAGCUGCAGUGUGAAGUCUGAUGUGCCUUCACUGCAAAGAUUUAUGUAGAUGUUUUCUUUUUGUAAUUACUGUAGAUCCCAAUGAUCUAUUGUAAAGUUUUGAUAUCUCUUUAGGACUCAGUAGGUAUUUACACAAACUGUACUUUACUGCAUUAGCGUGUACAUAAGCAUCAAGUGUAUAGAUGGAGUUUAAAUUUUAAAACUGCCCACUGUUGAUUGUAAAUUUGUGAGAAAACUGUUACACAUUAAAAUAAAAAAAGAU